CCUGGAUUCAAACAGCGAACUUGCGACACUCUAUAUCUUGAAUGUUAUCUAUAUCAGAGUCCCCCGUGGUUGUGCCUCGAUAUUGACUUCUUUAGUUUGAUAUAUACAUCCUUCUCAUUCUUGGUAUAGCAUUAGCGACCCUUCCCUGCGGAGCGAUGGCGUCAGGGAGCUGAUAUAUUUGCUGACUUCUGCGAUAAGUUAACUCCAUGGACUAUGGGUUACUUCUUGGGAUAUAGUUUACUUUCCAGACACUCCUGGAAAUGAGCCCUAUCUUGCUUUUCAAGGAUUUUUUGGCUAUCUAUGAGUAUUGCCAGGAUCCCCCUCGGGGCAACAGUUAAAUCAUGGACUUUCCCGGAGCGUCCGUUACAAACAUACGCGCCCUUGAUGGAUUCUCCAAUAUCUACUGGAGAAUAUAUACGGAAGAGCCCAAUAUCACCAAUCUUCCAGCGGAAACUCCAGCCAACGGUUUCACUAUUCUCAAGCAUCUGAGUCGCCUUAAGGAUUUGGAGCUUCGAUUGAGGACUCUGGACUGCAUAGUCUCAAGCUAUCCUAGGCGACUCGGCUUAUGGGUCUUUUCUGCGACUCCAGGAUUUGAGACUGUAAGCUCUUUACCAUCAGGUGAAAGCAAAGACGAACAGAACAACAGGCUUUUCGUCGGCUCAUCGACAUUGAAAGUCUCUGCAUCUGGAAGCAUUACACCUCGUGAGCUAGUCAAGAAUCUUUCGACAGACCCUCAGAACGCAGGGAGUUCAACCGGAUCGCAAAGAUCACAAAAUACCCCUACCUCCACAAGGCGGAUCGAUACGUAUAGUAGCUCAGCUGCAAUCUACGCGGCUUUUAUUUCAGCUAUAACCGGUGCACUAAACCUUCAGCUGAUCCGACUUAGUAACGCAAUCCCGCUCGGAUCGCGGACCCUCUUCACAGUUGUUGAGCGAGACUACUACGAGAGGACUAGAAUAGUGAACGACGAUCCUUCGUCAAUUUCUGCUCUAACUACGCUUCAAGUUCAACUGACAUCCGCUGGGAAACUGACAGUGUCCUUGCAGACAACAUCACAGCCAGGCAUUGCCCAAUUAUGCAAGUUUGGGAACAGUCUUCCUAAUGUCUGUGAUGCAGCCCCUGGAUCUGACAUCUGGCUAUCACCUAGCGGCUCGGUUGCCAGGCUAGUAACAACCAGUCCGGGCCCACCGAACGUUUCCUCCCCAAUUCCUCUUGCCGGGAACAUCGGUAAUGAUAAAUCUGGUGCGACAGGGCGCAACCAAUGGAAGGCUAAUGUGCUAGAAUGGCUUAGAAACUUUGGGCUGUCCACUGAUUCAGUUGAUGAAGCAGCCUGGGUAGAAGUUGAAGUUUAUGAGCCGUUUUACUCUAGGUUAGCUGGGGAGACUUUACGGCUAAACGAGGAUAACUCAUCUACGCUUCCCCUCAAGCGUGUUCUCUGGCCUGCUGUGUAUUGUUUUCGGAGGACAAAGUCAGCGCCUCCCGGGACCUUUCAAUGGAUGGAAAAUGCCCGUCCUGUGAUCGGAGAUCCUUUGGAGUUUGCAGAGAAUUGGCGUGUAGUGGAAAAACCCAGACAUGAUGAGACAAGUCCUAAGCCCCCGUCUAGUCAUCCAGAGCAACAUACAAAGAACCCAGAAACGUCCUCUGCUACGACUGACAUACUCGAGGGAAUAGAGAGCCUGUCCCGAGCUUCGGAGUACCCUGAUCUCCAAACGGCUAGUCUUGUAUAUCCGACUCCACCAGAUGGAGCUGCUGCAAUGGGAUUAAAUCUAGCAGGUUCAUCGGAAGCCUUUGCCGAAGACUCAGAGCUUGUGCCGUCCCUUUUACAAAACCAAAACAAAGCAAAGUCCUAUGGGCCCUUUACGGCCAAAGAUCGGUCAGACACAGAUCCAUCGAUGGGGUUUGGCCCAUCGGCUGGACUUACGGUGGGAUCGGGGCUAUACGACACUAAUGAUGACGACGACCUUUUCGGGGACAUGAAUGAAAGGGACUUUGGCACCAAAGGGAUUACCGAUGCAGAUUUUAGUUUCUUUGAUGAUCCUAGCUUCACUGCUAUGGAUACAGAUAUGCCCGAUGAUGAUGUUCAAGACAUGCCUGACACUGUCAACUCGAGUACUGCAGAUGUACACCCAACCAUCUCCGAGGAUGCGUUGCUCGAAGCCUUCCCAGUUCAGGAAACUCCUGCAGAAAAUUUCGAAGUGACUCCAGCAAGUCCUAAUGAGAUAACGCCCAACCCUCAUCCUGAGAACCUGGCUGCUGAGGGAACCGCCUCACCUCAGCUUGAACAAAACCAAACAAUAAGCCCUCCUUUAAGCCCGGUUGAAAUCAAGAGAAUACUUUUUUUGGAACCAAACGGAGACAGUCAUGUUGCUAACAAAAAAUUGUGCAAACAAAGCUAUUACAAUCCGAUUGCUUUCAAACCGAAUAUGUCUGCUUGGGAUCAAAAGUACGGUGCCGAUGGCAAGUUUCGGUUUACAGCUGUAGGUACAUUGGCUUCCAAAGAUUAUAAAAAUUCCGAUAUUCCUACUGUCGGCCUGCCUCGUCGCCACAAGAAGGUUCCGGUCCCUGGUGGCGGUUUGAUGGCCUUUGAUGGUCACGCCAGCCCAUCAAGCGAAGGCCAACACGUCAAUGCGGUUUCAGAUUCCAGCAGUGAUACGAGCGAUGAUAGCGACGGUGCUGCUUCAGAAAGUGAUGCCCCUCCAUUACCAAGUCUCAAGCGGAAACGUACCUAUUCUGAUUCCGUCAGCCCCCCGGUCUUGCCUCAGGAAAAGUCUCUUGGGGAGGCAGACCAGGAAGGCCCUGUCCAAAGGGUUGAGUAUUCAAUGUUUUUAGGAAACCUGUUGUCUACAUUCUCUGACUGGUCAAUGACCGGGUAUUUCUCACUCCUGGAAAAUCGGCUAUUUCCAGCACUCACCCGCAAAGAUAUGCAAGUUCAGAUUGCUCAGUUAUUUAUUGAUCAAAUCACGCAGUCAUCAUUGGAUCACAAGUUAGAUGGAGACUUCGGCCUCUCCGAUCUUGAAACCAAAGCUUAUUCCAUUCAAAGCUUUCUUGACGACGAAGGUAUAUUAGGCGGAAUCGAAAGGCUUGAUCUAAAUAGCUGGGUAUCUUUACAGGACAACGAGCAUGCGUCUCCUACACUUAACGGCGCCUUACCCCGGCAACCGUCUCAACGUAAGGAUAUUGGGAAAGGUUCAAUAACAAAACUAUCUCCCCCCCACUUACGCGUGCGUCGUGGUAAGGAAUACUUGGAAGCUCUGCCCCCCGCAAUUUCCCUUUGGGAAACCUUCGGGCUAGAACCAGCCGAUGGACCUAAGGAUAUUUCAGCGUAUUGUAUUCAUCCACAUAUUGCUGGGGAUGCAGCCGAUGUUUUUCUGGAACGGCUGGGUCUACUCUACGCAAGUUGCAACCUUGGGAAACAUGUUCGGGGAUCUAGGUCUAAUGCCUUUGAACGUGGUCUUUGUUCAUGGGAUGUUGGCUCUUUAGAGACCUCGAACUUUCUUUCCGCGAUGCAGUCCUUAAAAGUGAUCUGCGAGGAGCUGGGGUCUACUCUUCUGAAGAGUGCUCCAAGUAAUGACAGCUUGGUUGUCUACGUAAUCAAUCCGUUUACCUAUGCAUCAGCACUCGUUGAUAUCUGCUCUGCCUUCUGGUGCCUGUUUCAGAAAUAUGUCGCCGAUGUCGGUAAGCAACAGGCUCGACAGCUCAAUGAAGUGGUACUACAGAUCAUUCCAAUUAGUUUUAUAAUGUCAACGGAGUCUUUGGUCGUUCCCCCGCAAACUCAGUAUCUGAAUCUGGCGCUGGAAAUCUAUAGCCGGUGCCCACCCAAAACGUUACAGUCAAAUCUUGUUAAUUGCGCGCCUCCAGUACUUCUCGCCGAACCUCUCCCUAAGACGAUCAGCUUUAGACUCGCCUCUGAGAAAUCCUCGCCCUUGCAGGAAGGCAAGUGUCUACAUAUUGCGUGUUCGAAAAGUCAAGAUCAGCGCUGGAUAGGUGUUGCCUGGUCUGACAAUUCUGGAGCACUCCAGCGUGCAAUCUCUUACAAUCUGCGCUUCCGCAAUGCGAGCGCAACCAGGAGCAUUUCCGAAGUGCGCAGCGAGAUCUGGGGGGCGACUAAGGACAUCGUAAACAGGAUACAAGCGCGAUGGAAAGUCUUCAUCGUCAGCACUGAACCUGUCGAUCAGGACGAGGUUGACGCGUGGACUGGUUUCAUCGAUCAGUAUAACAAAACAAGCUCCAUACCAUUAGAAUUGACGAUUUUAAGCGCUAAUGCGGCACCUGAUCUACAUCUUGAACCUCCCUUUUUACCGAUACCCAUGAGUGUCUUCAAUCCACAGACCUCGUCUACGCCUGUUGCUACACCGAAUGCUAGUAGCAACAUUCUUUCGCCAGAUCAAUCAGGCAAUGCGCCUACGCCUCCCAGUGGUGGGAAUGCGCCUGCAAACGCCCCGACACCCACAGAAGCUACUCUGGAAGCGGAAUCCGAGUCUGUACUUACCGAUAUAUGUGAUGAGUCCUGGGGCGUAAUACUCUCCCAUCGCCUGAACAACUCGCCUCACCUUACCGAGUAUCGCCCCGCGCUGGCAAGCGGUUAUUUACUUCGUCGAAAGGGUGACACCGACGGGGAUGGCAUAUUUGCUAUGACCGUCAAUCUCAUAUAUACCCAACGAUCUUCUUCCUGUGAAGCAAUUCUUCGAGAAACUAUGGGGAUGUACCGUGACCUAGGCACCCUUGCUCGAGCCAGAGGCACGCGCAUUGUACAACGAAACACGUUACCUUGGCAUAUUGCCACAGCUGUGAGAGCACAGGAAAUUUUAAGCCAUGUUUUGUGAUUUGUGACUGCAUUAAUACCAUCUUCAAUGGCGAUGGGUGGCGUUGAAGGCAUUUAUUUCAUUGGGUCUCUUUUACCCCCUUCUGUAUAUAGGGAGCUCUUGUUUGGCGCUCGCAAGAUUGGAUAUACCAGGCGUACCUUGUUUUCUUUCUCCACUAUGUAUUCUCUAGACUUUUCUGCACUGAAUGGCUCCUUGUUGUCAUACUAUUGUUUGUUGCAUAUCGAAAGCAUAGCCAGUUGAUGAACUAGGCGCAUCUACAG